GAACCCGAACUAAAAAUACCCGAAGUACAGAAAUACCCGAACGGGUUUUAUACCUCUAUACCGAAAUAUCCGAAAAUCUGAAAUACCCGAUCCGAACCCGAACGAGUACCCGAACGCCCACCCCUACUUUAUGGGAUAUGUGACAUUGAUGAUUGUACCUGGACAAUAUAAACUCGAAUAUAUUGUAAAAUCAAAACGUCGUAUAUAAAAAAAGUUUAAUGCAAUCUUGAGCGAUUGUAAAAUAAAUUCAAAAAUGAAUAACAUAUUAAAUUUCUUUCAGUCCCUUAAUUUUUGUAACAAAAUUUUUUUAAUUACGAAAUUAACAUAAAUGGUGAUAGACACUAAAUUUGGAAAUUUAUAUAAUUUUUUGUGGUUAAGUUUGAAGUCAAAUAUCAUUUUUAAUAUGGACUUCCUUUAAGCAUGGAGAUUCGUUGAUAGGGCCUUUAUCGAUUUACAAUCCAUCGGUUCGAAUUCCCUGUGACUUGAGUCACUCGAUUCAUCUUCUAAUCUUCUUAGGUAUUGGGAUUAAGCUUAGUUAAAGAAAUCUAGAUAUCUCAGGUGAUGAGAAGAGAGAUCAAAUCAAACAACCGAACCGUAGCCCUUUAUAUGUUGUCUCUUCGAAUUUUUUUAGUAAAAAGACACUUUUUGAAACAAAAUAUAAAUUAAAAGAGGCCUAUAUUUAUUUUGACUCUUAAUGAAUAUUAAAGUUCAAAAAUGAGUCUCUUUUACAAUUUCGAGUCCUAAUCAGCCCACUAAAUUAGAAAAUUCAUAUUAUUUACUUUGUUAUUUAUUUUUAUUUUUCUACAAUUUUUAUGUAUUCUGGAACAAGUAUAAUUUUAAUAAAAUAUGACGAUAUAAGUUUGAUAAUACGACAAGUUUGUCAACCAUAAUAAAAUUAUUGUUAUUCAGAUACUCCGGUAAAUUUUUUUUUUUUACUGAAAAUUCCAGUAAGGUUCCAAUUCCAGAUUAGAUAAUUUUAUUUGCAUUAAUCUGUAUAUCAAACAUUACUUUUGCUAAUCUAUACCUUGUAUAAUAUGUCACAAUUGCUUUUAUCUUUUCAAUAUCUAUAGAUUAAAAUUUAUAAUCUUUUAUAGUCUAUUCAACUUGCGCAGCAUCAUCUCGUAGGUGUUAAACCCUCUGGGUUUUCUGAACUUUGUUAAACCCUCUUUAUACGAUAGACUAGUAGUGCGCACCAAAAUCUUGAACAUUAUUUUAUAAAAUCAAAAACAAAAUAACCACCACCUUAUCUCGGUCUUGUAUCUGCAGAUGACCCGGUUUAAGUGCAGAGGAUUAGCUUUCGGCCUGAGCUGGGCCAACAUCAUGGGAGAUUCUUUCUCUUUAUUCUAUGCCUUCAACUUAUGGGUUAAGGUCCUUUCAGGAGAAAAAAUCUAUGCCCCGGAAACUUCUAUCAUAGACAGAAGGUUUCAGAAUCCAAAUCCAACGGUGAAAGACCCGGAAUCAAUAAAACAGGUUGACCCGGUUGGAGAUCUAUGGAUCACUCCAAGCAACAAGAAAAUGGUGAGUUACUGUUUCAACCUCACCGUCACCGACCAGAUGUCACCGCAUUUUCCGGCGAACGGAGAUGAUCAGAUUCCGGUGUUCGAGAUUCUCGCCGGAAUCAUAUGGAAAAACAUAGCUAAGGUUAGAGAAGAUCCAGAGCCCUUAACUGUUACGAUAAUCAGAAAGGAUCCGAACGAUUUGAAACCUAUCAGAUCGAUUCGAAACAGUCAGAUGAUAAGCUCCGUACACGUGGAUUCUCCGGUGGCUGAAGCGACUGUGGAAGAGUUAGUGAGAUGUAUCGAGAGAGCGACGGACGAGAGAUGUGGAAUCGAUGAGAUCGGAGGGAGCUGUGAUGGGAGUUUGGAUUUUAUUGUUUACGGAGCGAAGUUGGCGUUUAUGGAUUUGAGUGAAGUCGAUUUGUAUGAGGCGAAAGUGAUGGGGAAGUCGCCCGAAUCAGUGUACUGUAAUGUUGAGGGGAUAGGGGAGGAGGGAUUGGUAGUUGUUUACGCGGCGGCGAAAUCGGAGGAGAGGGUUGUGACAAUGACGUUGCCGGAGGAGGAGAUGGAGAGAGUAAAAUCGGAAUUCAAGAAAUGUGGUUUGAUCGCGCCGUGAGAAUGAAUCAACGACUAAGUAAUAAGUAAACAUGAAUGGAAAAAUGAUUGCUGACUACAUGAAGUAUUGGUUAUUAAACAAAUGUAUACUUAGGUACACGAAAUAUUUAUUAUGCA